UGGUGGGGUCAAGGUCAAGGUCACUGUUACUAAAAAUAGAAAACGGUUUCCAGACGAUAACUCAUGAAAGGCUAGACAGAUUUAAACAAUUUUUGGUACACAGGUGUAACAUCAGAAGAUACAGGUCAAGUUCGAUAUUGGGGCUGGUGGGGCCAAGGUCAAGGUCUCUGUUACUAAAAAUAGAAAAACGUUUUCCAGACGAUAGCUCAUGAAAGGCUAGUUUUUCUUGUCAGCAGUGUAACUUCUAAAUUACUCAACAGAUUUAAAUAAAACAAUACAUGCAUGAUAAAAGAAGAUGCAGUGUGCAGUAACGUUGGAAUUAUGGCCUCUUUUCAAAGGAAUGGUUUGCCAUUCCUGUAUCCAGGCGGCAUUUGGGGGUAUUCGUCACUCAUGUGACAGCUCUAGUUUAUUUAUUUAUUUUAUUAGUGACAGCAAUUUCCAGGAUCACAGGAUUUUCUAGGUAUCAGCAGAAUUGAAGAAACAAAGUGAAAUAUGUGUUUCCAGGUGUGAUACCCUUGGUCUUUUCAAAUUGACAUUUUGCUUUGUUUAUAUGUGCCGGAUGUAAAGAACCGAUUAUCAAUAAAGCACCAGAAAUUUUAUGGGUUUUAACAAGUGCUUGGUUAUCCAAAAUUUACUGCCGAGCACCAGGUAAUGGCGCUGUUGCUUCAGGUAAUGGCGCUGUUGGUACCAACAAUUAACGUCUUUCAGUAUCACACAGUCAGGGACAAAACCAGUUCAUUCCUCGCCCAAAACUACUCUACCACUGAGGUAUCGGAGUGGUUUUGAUGGGAAUUUAGUCAGCUGGCCUUCUUUUACCAAAACUAGUCCUUAUUUCCUUAUUUAUUACCCGUCUCUUUAUAGUUUUACAGUGUAUUACAUGUCAUUUUUCCAUCUUAAAUCAAUUUCUUUGGCUCAAGACCCAUUGGUGCUGGUGUGUUUCCCUGUUCCUUAACACCAAACAGGAGGUGUUUUGGGUUAAAGCCAUAAUGCAGUCAAUGGGCGUAGACAGAUGUUAUAAACUCUAUAAACCACCAGGUAAUAGUAAGAACAUAUUACGUUAAAUCUUAAAGAUUAAGAAGGGCAUGCAGAGCUAGCAAAGCGAGCGAGCCCUUCUUAGUCAUAAAGAUUUUAUAGAAUAGGUUGCAAUUGACUUACAGGUUAUCAUAUAGCAGGGAACCAAAUAAUGACAUCGCCUUCCAGGGUUUUUUAUGCUGGCAAUUGCCAAAUUAAGUCAUCAUUUGCACCCAAAUUGCAAAAGUGGCAACAACUCUUUAAAUUUGGCAUUUUUUUAUGGCGAAAACAAUUUUUUUCAGGUGUUAAAACUUCAAUUUUGCUUAGAUACCAGGCAGUUUGAUUGGUUGGAAUGUGCAUUACACAUGUACUGUUCUUGUUUUGUAAAAAGGUUAAAUUAUACCUUACAUCUUAUUUAAUUUUGAUAUUUUUAUUUUAUUUACAGAUUUGGCCAUUUUACUGUAUUUGAGAACACGUCAGCUUUGAGGAAACAGAUUGCGCAACAAAGAAAAAGGAAUUCCAAAUAUGUUUUGAUUUAAGGGAGGUUAAAUGAACAUAUACCUGAGUAUUUAAAUGCAUUAAGGACAGUAGUAAUUUCUACAGGUUGUAUAAUUAGAGUUACUUUUGGACAGGGACAAAAUAUCUGAGAUCAUAUAUUAAAAAUGGUUGUGACUUAAAGUUUUUUUAUAAUGCACAUUUUUUAAAUGAUAUGAACACUGCAUUGAUCAUGAAUUGCUGAUCAACAGAUAUACCGGUAAUCCACAUGCAUGGUAUUGAUUGCCAUGUUAUGUACCCUGUUAAGGUGACUUGAGUUAUGGACAAGAUGAAAAAGUUAAGUGAGAAUUCAAUAAAUGAACUGUUUAUAGUGUGCCCAGUGAAGCGAUAAAAAGGUUUAAUUGAUGGAAAUUAUUUGAGUACAGUAAUAAAGCUUUUACAUGUUUGAACAAGGAAGUUCUGAAAUAUGUGUUACGGACUUAUGGCGGUUUUGUUAUAGUUAAACUUUUAAGUGGUUUUCCUUUGUUUUUGAUACAUAUAACUGUAUUAAUAUCCUGUGCGUUGUCUGUAUUUAUUGUUUAAUUGAUGAAUCGGAUAAAAUGUGCAUCAGGGAAAUUUAUGAGAUAUUGAUAUAUAUGUGAAUUUUGUUUGAAGACUUAAGUUAACUUGGAUUAUAAGCUUGGGAGACCCACCAUUUUAAAAAGAAUAUGACACUUUGAAGCAUUCAAACUGAUAACUUAAGGAAUAAAUAUUGUGGUGGAUUUUUUAUGCUCGUGAAUAAGGAACUGUUUUGACAAGGGUGACAAUUCUUAUCAGACAUUGUACUGAAAAAAGUUCACAGGACUGUGUGGAAUUGCGUUUAUUAGAACCAAUAAAUGGAAUUUGUAUAAAUAUGGUACAAUGGUUAUGGUAAUAAACUUUGUGCUAUAAACAGUGCACAGUUCUGUGUGGAAUUGCUUUUAAGUGCGAAAAAUGGGAAUAAGUAUGAAUAUGGUACACUAUAUACCGUACUAAACUUUGUGCUAUAAAAAGUGCACAGUUUUGUUUGGAAUAACUUUUAAGUUCCAAAAAAUGGAAUCGGUAUAAAAAUGGUACAGUACACAUAGUAUUAAACUUUUUACUUAAAAAAGUGCUUAGUUUUAUGUGGAAUUGCGUAAGUACCAAUAACUAAAAUUAGUCUAUAAUUUUAUACAGUACAAUAUAUAUAUAAUAUUGAAUCUCAUGUGAAUAUAUUACAAACAAAAGUACAUGUAGUGUUGAAAAUAAGAAGAAAAAAGCAUUUUUGGAAAAUUGAAAAUUGAGGAGUGAUUCCAAAUGGCUGUGAGAUGUAAGUGACGCAUGUAAACUAAAAAUAAAAAUGCAUCUCCUAUUGCAAGAAUUUCGGAACACAGCCUUUAGUUACUGUGAAGUCACACCAGGAUUUUAAAAAAAUCAAAAUGAAUAAUACCCUCAUUUGAAAUUGUGUUAAGUAGAAAGAAAGUGAGUCAUGAAGGUAGUGUUGAUGUUGGCGUUGCUGCUGAAGAUGUUCUCAUGUGGAGUUACGAUCUGUCAUUUUAUGUGUCCAGGGUCCUCGUGUGGCAAAGCUAAACGGUUUGCUGUGCUUUUUUGCCUAAUUCUAAUAUUAGCGAGUGUUGAUAGUAGGCGAAAAAAUAAACAUCGUCAUAAGAAAGGCAAAGGGGAUGUGCGCCACACACGGAAUGGGGAUACCAACAACUGUAUUCAUGGAGCAUUAGAACCGAAGGGAGUGCUCACAUUUCUCCUUGGACAGGAAAUCAGCGUCACAUGUACCAAAGUCCUUGGACCGCCUCCAACGCGCCUGACUUUUCUGUAUGGAAUGCAUAGUACAGAAGUUGAUCCAGCCUUCAUUAAAAGAGUUAAUGACACUGCUAUAAAGUUCGUGCGAAACGUAACAUUGGACGAUGUUCAACUCAGUGAAGGAAGAACGAGUAGCUACCUACAGUUCCGAUGUGUAGAUAUGUAUGAAAAUGGAAGUAAUACUUGUCUCGACACUACAUACCUCAAAUUUGAUUAUUACCCUGUACAGCCCGUCAACCUGUCCUGCAGAAUAUUUGGGUUUGACCGCAUGGUUUGUAAGUGGGAUCUCGUUCAGGACUAUCAUCAUCCGGGCGACCUUGACGUCAACUGUGAUUACCAGUACUCGUUCAUUGACACCAAGUUUGAAUAUAUUGGGGACAUAGAUACCUUCACAAGCUGCCCUAAUAUGACGGAGGAUAAGAAAAGCUGUUACUGGGAUGGGGUGGAGUUUCAUGAUGCCGAGGUCUACUUUUUCCGGGUUUCAGUAACGAAUACGAAACUGAACAUAACGAAGGAAAUGUCUGGAAACUGUUGGUGUGGCUGUCCAUGUGAGGGAGUGAAUAACUUUACCAACGUAUGUUGUGGGUCCAUUGCACCUAACACAUCAUCUUGUGAUCCUACAACCUGCUUUCGCUUCAGCAAGUAUGACAUUGCGGAACCUUUGCCUGUGGAUGGUUUGCAGUUCACGCAGACUCCCUUGGAAAUUCGCUGUGGGACUUUACAUUGGCACACACCGUCUAUGCAUGAAACGCAUCAUCUUGAGUUUAAAGUCACAUACACAUCCGACUGUACUCCAGAUAUGUCUAUGAUAGUCAAGUAUGCAAAGUACAGCCCAUACAAUGUUACAACAAAGAUAUGUGGCCUUAAACCAUACACAAGGUACCGGUUUGCGAUUCAGGCACAAUACGUGGAGAAUGACCAGCUGCGGGGAUUUCCAAGUCCGUCAAAGAAUAUAACGUACAUGACACCCACUGAUGUUCCUGGUAAAAGCCCGGAUGUCUCCAGUAUCGUGUAUGAGGUAGAAUCAGCCAACUUAACUCAAAUCUUCUGGAAGCCAUUAAACUCAUGUGACUUUCACGCCCCGGAAAAUGAAAUAUCAUACACAAUAUCAGGCGUUGAUAAAAGGGUCGUGUACAAGGAGCAGUUUUCAGCCAUGAUCUCUACUUCGUCUGAGGUUGAUACAAACGUCACUGUUCAGACAGGAAAUAACAAUGGUUUGGCAAAGACUUUCAGCUUAUUGCAAGUUCCGGCAGCAAAUAAACGUCCAGAGCCCUCCCAUGUUGUCUUAUUUUACGACCCCACGGUGUCUGGGUGUAAGCCAGUAUCAGGGGAGGUCACUGUGAGGGACCAAAAAUACUCCAACAUUUCUCAUACCCUGGUGUACUGUUUUCCGCGUGGUAUUUGUAAGAAACCAUUGGAGUAUUUGUCCAUACCAGAAGGGUUAAAACAAGUGUCCCUGCCUCCGCUACAUUGCUAUGGCGACUACCGAUACGGUUUGAUUACGAUUGGUCGAAAUGAAGAUACAAAUAUUACAGUCCCGUCAGGGGUAGAAUGGGUCCCAUGUGUUUAUAAGCUAGGAAAAGUUCCAGAGACCGAACUGGCAGUGAAAAUGUCGACCAAUCAGCCUCCACGCGGUUUUAGUGUAGAGUGGGAACCAUAUUCCUGUGAAACAGGCGUAUACGUUACAAGCUACACCGUCAAAUACUGCUUCAGCUCGUGUGAAUGUCUCGACUACAAAGAGGAUACCGUUUCUGCGUUAAACAGAAGUCAUACAGUGUCCAGUUUGGUUGAAGGCCAAAAUGUGUGUGUCUGGGUUCGUGCAAAUAGUCGUUUUGGAGUUGGCAGUUAUUCAUUGGCUACGUCGGAGCUGUAUACUAUCACAUCUGAUAAUUCCACCAACAUUUUAGCUAUAGUUCUAUCAACUGUGGGUGCAGUUCUUUUGAUUGGUCUUGCUGUUUUCUGUAUAUGGAAAAACUGGCUAAGAUUGAAGGAGUACAUAAAUAAGAAGCAAGAGAUAUCAGACAUCCCUGCCCAUCUGGAUAACCUCAUACCAGACGAUGGAAGUGUUGAUGAAAAUUUAAUACCUGAUAUAAACGAAACAAUAGAGCUGAUACCUAAUGGCUACCACAGGGGCCUAGAUUUAGCGGAAGACAAUCUCUCUACGAUGAGUGUAGUAGCAAACCAGUCGACGAAUGACAAAUCGGAAGAUAGCGAUCAACAGGCUAGACCUGACGUGUCAAUUUCAAUUUCAGAGUUGGAAAGCGAAAGUGAACUUAGUAAUAUCAGUAUUGACAUGUCUUAUAAAAAUCCAAAUGAUAUCGAAUGUAUAAAAUCAGAGCAAUUUGCUUCUGAAACAAAUGAUGACGAAGGUACAAUAAAGGAAAACUGUGAUGAACUUACUGAUAUUUUGACUGAUGUUUUAACUGAUACAAAUGAAAAAGAGAAUCAAAAAUCAGACAAGUCUGAUAUAAGUAAUGUAGAAAAAACUUGUGUAAAUAAUGAUGUCAUAAAUGGUGAUGCCAUAAAAGAUGAUGUCAUUAAAGUUACUGAUGAAGAAAGUGACAAAAUAAUUAUUGAUUUUGAAGAAAACAUGGCAGCAACUGGGUACAGCAAAUCAGGAAAUGUAAAUUCAGGUAGUGACAAUUUUGAAAGUAUUUCCUUUGAAGAUGAUCUGAAUAUGGAUACAUAUCGCACCAGCUUUAAUACCGGCAGUUUUACGCCUGUAAGUGAUGAAUCAAGUUGUGAAGAAAAUAGUGCCAUUCCAAAUACACCAUCCGAUAGCGGCAUCGGUGAUAAGCACACCACUGCAAGUAGUGCCGAACUUUAUAGUGAACUUCAUAAGAUCCACGACGAAGAUUCAGGUAAACUUGUUGAAAAGGACAAGAAUGGAUUCAUACAGAAUCAUUCAAACAAUAAUUAUGGAAUCCUUUUAAAUGGUUUUAAACCCAAAGGUGUGAAUGGUGUGAUAAUUGAAGAUGUUCAGGAGGAGGACACUAAAUGUUGAUGAAAAGGUUUUGUUGUUAAUUGUGCCAUAAUUGAGCACAUGUCCCAUCUUGUAAACAUUUUAAGGCCUUGAUUAUUAUUUCUUAAAUUACCAGAUAGUAAAAUGUAAUAAUUUGUUUAAAACAUCGUACAAUCAUGGAAAUAUUAUUUUUGCUACUGUUGAGAAACAUAACAUUCCAUAAUCAGUUUUGACUAUGUAUGUCGGAGAAUCUGAUUUUGUAUCCGUCCAGCAUUUAGAUUUGAUCAUUCCUUUGUUAUUGAGAAAUUUCUUUGUUCAAUUAACAAGGAUUUGGCAUUAAAACCAUAUCGCGAUAUAUAGCGAUAUUUGAUCACUGAUCGCAAUAUAUCAUGAUAUUUGAUUACUGAUCGCAAUACUGUAUAUCAUAUUUAAUCACCAUUUGGCAAUCUAUCAUGAUAUUUGAUUACUGUAUCGCAAUAUAUCAUGGUUUUUGAUCACCAUAAAAUGGUAUAAUGAUAUAUAUAUUGAUAUUUGAUCACAGUAUCGCUAUAUCUAUAUCAUGAUAUUUGAUCACAUUAUUGGAAUAUAUCAUGAUAUAUUGUUUGAAAUUACAAGUUGUGCUUGUUAAUUCAUUUAUUUUUCAUAUUCAUGUCAUCAUUAUUUUUCGUUCUGUUUUGAUAACCUGAAGAAUAGGUAAUAUUUAUCUUCUAUUUUUAGUUCUUGUUGGCUUUGUAUAUGUAUAUCUUUGUUAUGACGCUGGUCUGUUAACAGUCAUGGUACAGUGAUUACUGUCAUUUUUUAACUGUUGUUAUUCAAUUUUCUUUUGCUCAUUAUUACAAAAAUAUAAAUGAAUAUAGCUAUCAGGACAUGUUAAAAUAUGUUGAAAAUGGACCAAAAAAUGUCAUAUAACAAAAUUGAAAAUAUUGAUUUUAAAGAUCACCCAACCUCCAAGUCAAGUUAUCACUCGGCCUUGACCUUGAAUGAUAAAAGGUUGUCUGAGUGAUAACUUGACGUGGAGGUUGGGCUACACCAGUAGAUGACCCCUAUUGAUUUAAGGGGUUAUCAGGUCAAAGGUCAAGGUCACAGUGACCUUAAAGCCAACUUAACAAUUCCUGAACUUAUGGUCAUCAAACUUGACAUGAGGGUUGGGCCUGACCAGUAGAUGACCCAUGUUGAUUUUGGGUUUCAUCGGGUCAAAGGUCAAGCUCACAGUGACCUUUAACACGAAAAAGUUAACAAAGCUUCUCCCAGUGAUUACUCAACAAAGCCUGGACCUAUGAUCAUCAAACUUGACAUGAAGGCUGGGCCUGACCAGUAGCUGACCCCUAUUGAUUUUAGGAGUCAUCGUGUCAAAGGUCAAUGUCACAGUGACCUUUAAUGCGAAAAUGUUGUUUGAGUGAUAACUUGACAAUGCCUGCAGCCGUGGCCCUCAAUCUUGACUAGGGAGUUUGGCCUGACCUUUAGAUGACCCCUUUUAAUUUUAGGGGUCAUAGGGUCAAAUGUCAGGGUCACAGUUACCUUUAACACAGAAGGUUGUCUGUGUGAUUACUUGACACUGCCUGCACCAAUGGCUCUCAAACUUGACUUUGAGGUCCAUGCAUAUUUCAUUCGAUUGUCCAAAUAAUCCUGACAACAUGGCGCUCAUGGGUGGGGGCGGGAGCAUAAUGUUUGACAAACAUCUCUUGUUUGUAUUGAUUUUAUUAAAUAUACAUAAUUUUAUGUUAAAACAAUUGUAUUUUUUUAUAUUUGGAACGGUCAGUAAAAUGUAAAUUUACUGGGGGGUUAAUUUAAAGAAAUUGCUGAAGAUUUUUAUCUGUUCAGCAGUUGAACCUCUUCUUUAGAAAGAACAAAUGUACAUGUAUUUAUUUAAUUUUCUGUUACUUGUUUAUUAUGGCUGCGCCCUUUUAUCACUUUGAGAUGAAAAUUUAUUUAAGAUGUUUUAAAAUCCAUUUACACACUGAAACUGUUUUGACUUUUCCUUUAAUCUUAAUUCAUAACAUAACUGUUUAAGCUGCACUCUCACAGAUAUACCUUUUUUACAACUUUUUAAGUUUUUGCGUAAAUAUCUGCAAACCAAUGAUAAAAGAUUGCCGACAAAAGAUUCGAGCCCUAAUUUUCAUAUUUCCAUUCAAAAAUCAAUGUUUUAUGACUUAAACCAACGGUUUAAGAAAAAUGCAUAAAACAUCAAUUUUUGAACUUAUAUUUAAAAUCUGUGAUCUAUUUUUUGUCGGCAGUCUUAUGUCACUGGUUUCCAUGGAUUUUUGCAAAAAUUGGCUACUUCCAAGACAAAAAUUAAAAAGUUGUCAAAACGUUCAAUCUGUGAGAGUGCAGCUUUAAAGAAAAGGCUUUUUAUUUUAGUUGGUUGCAAAAUGAAAUGACAUUUAAAAUGUAAGAAACUAUCGCACAAAUAACAAUAUUUCAUUUGAUAUCAUUCCGUAUGUAUAUUUGUUUUCUCAAACUAUUCCCAAUCCUUGAUCUCAAGUUGUAAUUUUUUAUAGCUGCCAGAAAUUUACACUGUAAUCAUUAUACCUUGCGUAUAUUGUCUAAAGUCCCUAUUUUUUAUACGAGUUACGCAUCCAGUAUGUUGUCCAAUCAAUAGCUUUAGAAUACUUGGUCCCAUCAUCACCAGAUUUGGUCAGAAUGUUUAUGGGCGUAAUAUUUCAGACAAGUUUAAUAAUCAGCCAUCUAGACACUGGAGGGUUAUCGCUCUUUAAUUCUAGAAAUUACCUAAAAUUGGUCUUGUCCGAUCAAUAACUUUAGAAGCCUUUUACCAAUCAUCACCAAAUUUUGUCAGAAUAUGUAUGGGCAUAAUAUCUGAGACAAAUACAAUAACUAGCCGUAUUGAUUGAGUCACUCGAGAGAUAUCACCUUUUAAUUAUAGAAAGAACCAGAAAUCGGUCUUGUCUGAUCAAUAGCUUGAGAAGCCUUUGUCCAAUCAUCACCAUAUUUUGUCAGAUUGUGUAUUGGCAGCAUAUCUGGGUCAUGUUAGCUGUGUCACCUGCAUCUUUCCAGAGUUAAGCCUCUUGAAUUGGAAAUAAUACUGUAUUUACAAUGUCCGCUCUCUAAAUUUCCCUUAAAGUACAACCACUUAUCACCAACUUCGAUGUUCUCAAACUAGGAUGGACGUAUUUUGCGACGGUUGGUGCUCUUGUUCUCACAUGAGCUGAGCUAUUGUGACCAGCCUUUGUCCAUUGUCCAUCUUCUGGUCAGUCAGCAAUUGCUUUAAGCAUAUCCCUUCCUAAUCCAAUGGGCCAUUUUCAGUCAAACUUAACCAAAAUGUUCAGAUUUGUUCAAAUGAAAUGGUUCCAUGAAGAAUUAUUUGUGCCAUUGCAAACAAAAAAUAAAACUUUAAAUAUAUUUUCAUCCAAUACUGCAAGGUUAAAGCUGCACUCUCACAGAUUGACCAUUUUUACAACUUUUUUAUUUUUUGUCUUGGAAAGAGCAAAUUUUUGCAUAAAUAUCUGCAAACCAAUGAUAUAAGAUUGCUGACAAAAAAUCAGAUUGUAGAUUUUCAUAUUUCUGUUAAAAAAAUAAUGUUUUAUGGCUUAAACCGUUAUUAACAGUUUAAGGAAAAUGUAUAAAACAUCAUUAUUGAAACUUAAAUAUAAAAAUCUGCCAUCUAUUUUUUGUCAGCAGUCCUAUAUAACUGGUUUCCAUGGAUUUUCGCAUUAAUUGGCUCAUUCCAAGACAAAACAUAAAAAAGUUGUCAAAACGUUCAAUCUGUGAGAGUGCAGGUUUAAAGACAAACCAUCCUCAGAACUGUUUUGUAAUUAUGCCAUAAAUAGACUCACUACCAUAUCUUUUUGUUAUGGUAAUUUAUUUGUGAAUUUCAUGUUUAGUCAUAUUUAGCUAUUUCAGGUUACAUUUUUUAAUGGCCAUAACAUUUUUAUAUUUUAUUUUAAUAAAUUCAUGAUUGUAUUGAAAUGAUCAAUGAACAGGCUGAAAAUAAUGUUAUGUACAUAAAAUACGAAUGGACUUAAGUAGAGUUCACUUUUAUUUAUUUGUUUUAUAUACAGUUUUUUUAUUUUAUAAUUUAUUUUUGAUUGAUGUUUUUUAAAUAUUAUCAGUGUUACUUUUGUUCCUAGAAGAUAUUUAGUCUCAUACCAGCACAUUUCCUGAAGAAUUUUAUAAACAAACCAAAAAUGACUAUGUGUAGAUUAUCAAUUGAACAAAACAUUGAUUCACUCAAUAAUGAUUUAUUUACUAUUUUGAAUCAGUCUCUAUUUCAACUUUCUUUUUUGUAUCAGUAUUUUUAUCAUAUUAUUUUGUAUAAGUCUAUUCUUAACAUAGUGUUUUCAACCUAAGAGACUAAACAGCACUGGGGCAGUGUAUAGUAACCUUGCAUUUGUGUUCUGAAACAAACAAAAAGAUCUGAGCUAUGUUCAUAGAAUGUUUAUUAAAUGAAGCUCUUGCACCAUAGUGAUAGGAUGAAAAAUCUUUUAAAAACAUUUAAUGGGCUGAAAAUGUUUACAAUUUUAGUCACAAUUUCUUUGUAUGAACUUUUUUGUUUUGGGUUUCCAAAGGUUUAGGUUUUCCACUUUUGAAGUGACUUGUUCAUUUUUUUUAAUAUGCUAUUGAAAAUAGAGUGAUUUUAUACUUACACACUUCUGUUCAAAUAAGAAUAGGUAUAUGUGUUCCAAAAUUAUGUAAAAUAAUUCAAUUUGUCUAAACGGUAAAUCUGUGAGAGUGCAGCUUCAAGUUUAAAAAGAAAUUGUUACCAACAAAAAAAGGAAUACCUUCAAAACAUCUUUGUGAAAUUUAAAUGUAUAGUUGAUUAUAACAAUUGAAUGAACACCUUCAUUAAGUUGAUUAACAUUUGCUGUGUAACAUUUAGUAUAUUACUCAUAAUAAAAGUGAUUUUUGUAUAUGCCAUAUUUUAUGUUACAUUUUCUUCACUUUAACUGGGACAAGCAGAAGUUGGUGUUAUCGUUAAAUUUAGAAAUUGGCUACUUAAACAUUCUAUGAAAAUAUAAUUUACAGAAAAACAAUGAAAUUUGAAUUAUCAGGAAAGUACUCAAGACCUUAAAACCGUAUCUAGCUAUGGAUGCUACUAUUCUUUUUUCACAGACAAGAAACUAUUAAUGACAUCAUUAUAUGACAUCAUAUUUGCUGUUUACAUCAUAGUUACUAUAACACCCAUUUGCGUUUGUCACAGUACACUUGUUUUUGAAUACACCAAUCCUCCAAAUUACUACUGUUUGCAGAUGUACUUAGCAUUUGAAGGUUUUGGAGCAUUAAUGAUUGUGCCACUCCCAUAUACACCAACUUCAAGCGAUACACAAAGCUCUGCUAAGUUUAUUUGUAAACAGUGGUAAUAAUUACCUGAAGGCUGGUCCACUCAGGUAAUGUUUGUAAUGAUUCUCAGAAAUUGUUAGAUUAUCUUCUUUACUUUAAUUACACUUUAUGUCUUAUGUCUUUAUGUCUACAGAAAAUCAUGGAGUUAAAAUCGUUAUGUAUUAAGGGAUUUUCUGGCUCAAAGUCCAUAUUGUUGAUAAAAGUCCGUAUUUUGGCGGAAAUAUGCUAGUGGCAGAUAUAUAUCAUUCAUGUUUCAUUUUUAUGUUGUUUUGAAUUGUUUUCUAAAUCAAUUAUUUUUAUUUUUGGCCAAAACUCCUGUGCAGAGACGCAGCUUCACUUGUUUUUUUUUUUAUCUUUCUUAAAUGUUCCAACAAUAUUGUUUGUAUCAUCAGUUACAGCUGUUUAUUCAUGAAAUGAGCCGCAUCGCGCGAUUUUGGGCCUUCGGACAUAAUUAUUACAAAUGAAAUAAUCAUAAAUAAAAAAUGCCAAAAAUAAUGAUUUUUUCUUUGUAAAUCAAUUUCUUCCUGCCUUCUUUCUUUUUAAGGUUUGUCAUUGGUGCAUCAUUUUCUCGAUAAUUUAUGACCAUUGGUUUACUCAUGUUUCCAUAGCAACCAUGGAUUUUGUCCGACAUAUUUUGACUGGAUUGAUAUUCUGUGUUUAAAACGGCCAAAUGUAUUAAAAUACAAAAAUGAUUCAUUAUUUUUAUCUUAAUUUAUGUUCCUUAAAGAUUCUGUGAUAAGAAAAUAAUUUAAAUUAUAAGCUAGUAGUAAUAUUGAUACAAUAAUUUUGCGCGUCAUUUGAAUAAUGCACUUUCAUUACGACGUCAAAUUUAGUAUUCAAAAUGCGCAAUACAUGAUCUCACUUGUAAACACGUAACUUACGCAAUUUAAGUGAUAUCAUCAUGAAAAUUUCAGGAUAUUUUUCUGAAAUUACUUGGCAUUCAAAUACCUUAAAACAUUGUAAUAGCAAAAAUAUGUCUGAAAGCCCAAAAUCGCGCGACGCGGCUCAAAUAUUGUUUAGGUUGAAUAAUUGUUUGUGCAGCUAAAUAAGAACAUACACGUAUAUGUAUUAUUUUUCUUAGAUCUGAUUAAAAGAAAAAUUAUGUUA